AAUCUAUACUAUUAGAAAAAAUUUCUCUUUAAAUUUGAGUUUGCAAGAUUCUUUAUGCUGCUCUUAUGCGUCAUGUAGCAAGAAAUGUUCGUUUUACACAGUAUAACUGGUUUAAUUUUGCUCGUACGCAGUCCCAGUAAAAAGCAAUCGUUUCACUAUUGCAUUUAACAACAUACUAUAAAAAAGCGCAAACGCAUUCCCACUAUAGUGUGCUACAAAAAAAUCUGACGUUCACCUGCAAAAAGCUAAGAAAAAAUCAACAAAACAAAAUCCGGCGUCAUGAACAAUAAGCAAGAUGGUCCAAACUGCUCCAAGCGAAGCAAAUACGACGAGGAAACUGAGAAACAUCUGGAGCAGGGGGAUGUGUUGAGCGAAAGCGAAAACGAUGCAGAUUUGACGGAUGCUCCAGACGUUUCGUACGGCUCAGAACAAAGUCAGAAUGAGGACUAUCAGAGUGAUUUCAGCCAGUACAAGGCAGCCAAAUUCAAUUCAACAAGACAAGUGAUCGAGUCAGAGCUUGGAAAAGAAUUUGUGUAUAGCCUGGAAGGAGAUUCGCCCGGUAUAGCACUGGUAAUAAACAACGAGUUCAAAGGUCAGACAUACGAAAACGGGACGUCUGCCGAAAGACAUGGAUCUAGUCAUGACUAUGAUGAACUGAUUAGACUCUUGGAAUCCAUGGGUUUUGAAAUAUAUGAGAAAGGCAUGACAAAUAAUCUGAAAGUUUCCGAAAUGGAGGAAACAAUUAAAGCUGUAGCAAAAAAGAAUAACUCAGAAAAGACGUUUGGAUGUGUUCUUCUUUUCAUCAUGUCUCAUGGAGGGUUUGGAUGCAUCUCGGGAAACGACUUGGAAUCGAACUUAAGAUUGCAAAUCAGCGAUAUUAUUGAAAAGUUCGUUAAAAACGAAUUUUGGAAAGAAAAACCCAAGUUAUUUUUCUUUCAAGCGUGUCAAGGGACGACAUUGGACCUCGGAAUGGAUCGUCUGCCCAAUUAUAUAGCAGUUGACACAACCGCUGACUGUGGAUCUGAUGGCCCCAACGAAAACAAAGUUGGAUCACUCGCAGAUAUUUUCGUGGCGUUAUCAUCCAAUACGCCCUACCGAAGCUAUCGCUUACACGGAAACCCGGAAACGGAUGGCUCGUUUUUCAUACAGAAUCUAGUGAAAAGAGUCAGAGCACAUGGAAACAAGCUCGACCUGACACAAAUUAUGACUGCGACAAUUCGUGACGUUGGGAUGCUCGAUUUGGAAAUGAGGACAAAGGAAAAUGGAAAAACCGUGACUAAAAUAGUGAAGCAAAAUCCGUUGUACUACAACCAUCUGACAAAGUUCUUCUUUUUUCCAGAUAUUGUAAAGAAGUCCACAGGAGAUGAUACCAAGAACGAGUCGUUUUGAUGAAACCAUGCACAAUCUAUUCAUUAGGAGAUUUGUCGUUUUUAGUUUGUUGUGUUUUUCUGUUUUAACCACUUUGGCACAUCAAACUAUCCUGAAAAUCAAAAUCUUUUCAAUUUUGAUAUAAAAAAGGGAUUUCAACUAGCAAUUGACAGGUUCUGUUCGCAACCUUUUUCGAUAACUAAAAUCCAUGCUUUGUCAAACUCUUUAAACAAUUUUUUUUUUAAAUAAAAUCAAUUCACUGAAUUGCCCAGCUGCUACCGUCUACGCGAGAAAACGUUCAUCAUAAUAUAUGUAGUUUUUAUUUAAAAAGGUGAGUUACCCUAUUUCAUAGUGGUGAAUUCUGUGAAAUGAUUCUUUUGUGAGUCUAAUUGAAAGUGUUCGGACAAACACGAGGCCAAACCGGCUUAAACUCCAUACAACGAAAGUUCUUAUUAUACAACUCCGUACAAAAAAGAUUAUCACACAGUUCCAUGCAUGCGUUCUACGGAAAAAACCUUGAUCACACAGAUUCGCAAUUAUGAAAUAUGAUUAGCUUUUUAUCCACUCUUUCAUUUUGCUCAAAAAUCCUACCAAAAAGGGUUCUUAAUUACAUUUGAAUGAGCUUACAAUCGGUUUCAAUUGAAAAAGAACAUAAUGGUCAUUAAAUUUUUUUAAAAUUUGGGCAGAAAGUUCUUCUCAUAAGAUUUUCAUUUUUUCCAUGCAAAAAUUUUAAAUCCAUUUUAGUCGCCAAACUACUUUCACAAAAAAAAAAUUUCCACGCGCAGACUUUAUGCAUCAAGGGUCACAUUGAAGGUUCUCUGUGAUGGCAGUUUUUUACUUUUCAGCUUUAGGGGAUAAUAUAGAACCUCAAUCUGGCCAAAGUCAGGCCACGAUUUCCAACCUCUGAGUUUUUCAAAACAGAUGCCUUGUAUCCAUAUACAAAUUUUGUAUUUUUUUGUAAAUACAAAUUUAAAAAUUUUUCUUUCUAAUUUUGAGUGAAUUUCAAUUAUUGAGUGAUGUAAAUAAUUAUUAAGUGAUGUAAAUUAUUUUGUAAAUACAAGUUUGUAACUUU